UUUCCUAGGAGAGGAGAGGGAAGGGUUUACCGUCAUCAUGAUGAUGUCAACAGCCCUAGCAAAUUCUGUCCAUUUCGAGAAUUGGACCGCCAAUCAUGUUGCUGAAUGGCUUAGAGGUUUAGAUGAUGCAAUUCUUCCAUAUGUACAUUUCUUCCUUAACAAUGGCAUUGAUGGCAAGAAGCUGAUGUUGCUGACACCAUUUGACCUUGAGAAGAUCAGUAUCAUAAAGGUCGGGCACCAGGAACUUAUUCUAGAAGCAGUAGAUCUGCUGAAGUCUCUGCGCUAUGGGUAUGAAACAGAGACCCUCCAACAUCUAGCAUUACAGCUUGGAUGCAAAGCUCGAAGUUUACAUAAUGAAAUCCAAGCCAAGUCCGCUGAAAACGAUAAGAAUCGUGCAAACAUAUCACAGGGCCUUCCAUCCAAAAGGCUUUCUAUAAAGAUCCUGUCAGCUCUGGCUGACCUUAGCAUGACAUUGAAAAAUGUUGUGUCGUGGCUAGACAGAUCUCCAUUUGAGUCUAUGUAUGGCCUUUGUCUGCUGAGGAAUACCAUUGUGAAGCUUGGGAUUGAUCUGGUAUCAUCUUAUCAGAAGGACAGUAGACAGAAUGAUAUAGAGGAAAACAUUUCCAAAUCUUGUUUGAUACUGACAGAAGUGUGUGAUGAAUUAGUGAUUAAGAACAAGGAAUCUCUAGUUGUACAGCCUGCUUCUCUGGAGCAAGCUACUAUCAGAAAGAAGCCAGGCGAAGAACUUGGGAUGCAUAUCCAGUCGUCCUACUAUGGGAUUCAUGUCAUUGGAGGCAUUAAGGAAAUGUCACCAGCUGAUUUAUGUGGUAAAAUUGAGAAAGGGGAUGAGGUUAUUCAGGUCAACCAUAAAACUGUGGUUGGCUGGCAGCUUACUAAGCUGGUGAAUUCCCUGAAGGAGAAACCAAAAGAGGUGGUCCUGGUGCUGAAGAAACGGCCACAUCAUAUUAUGCCCUACGGACAUGUUGCUAACAAAAAGAAGCAAAUGACCAAAGUAGCAGUUUCAACACUACCGAAAUCCAUCAAGAAGCGCCGGUCAAGAGAAGGAGGUGACCCAAAACAAGUACGUCCAUCCCUUCAGGAACUUGUCAGCACUGUACGGACAGAUGACAUGGAUUCUCCAAGAGAGGAAAGAACAUCUGAUGAAAAAGAUGAUGGAAAUGACACUGACAACGAUGUGUUCAGAAGUGGAUCAGAGUCCCCACAGUAUGUCAAGCCAAGUGUAGUCGAUCCCAAACAGCGACGUGCCACUGUAAGUGGUGGAUCUCCGACACUCAGUCGAACUCUGCUGGGACCUGAAGACAUCGAAACUCCCACUCGACCAAAGUCUUUCACAGUUUCUGCAACUGAUGCACCACAAAUAGAGUACCGGGAUCACGUAAUACCAGGUGAAGAUAGUAAUUUACUUCGACUAGGGGAUGCCAAUAAGAUAAUAAACGCCCAACAGAAACGUCAGGAGUUUCGAACUGCCAAAUCUGUGCCACAGUCCCUGGAGUUUGUUGUUAAGAAGCCGACUCCUACAGUCCAGGAACCAACACCCCAACUCAGGGUGACCAGAGCUGAGCAGAACAUUGAACUUAUCAACGAUCCUCCAGAUCCUGAAGAUCAGUCUGCAAUCCAAGGGCUCCUCGAAGUUCCUUCAAGGUUCCAGAACUUUGCCACCAGUUCACAGGUUACUGAUGAGGACAUAGAAACCUCUGAUACACAGCCCCAUAUUUCUGCCACCUCCUCAAGUGACACCCUAACAGAGGACACUGUCAAAUCAGAAGAAAAUCUUCGGACAUCCAACUCGCCUCAACCUUCUCAUUCCCCCCAACCUUCUGUUUCACCUCAACCUUCACCCCAAUCUUCUAGCCAGCAGCCUCAAUCUCAGCCCCCACAGCCUAAAUCUCGUUCAACACAGCCGCAAGCUCACUGUUCAGAGCCACAAUCUCACUGUUCAGAGCCGCAAUCUCACCCUCCUCAGCCUCAGACUUAUCCAUUUAAUCCUUCACAGCCUCAAUCACAUCCUCCAAAGCCAAAGUCUCGUUCACUACAAAGUAAAGGAUCUUCAGAAUCAGUGAUCAGUGCUGAACAUACAAACAAGCAUACAUCAGAACAGGAUGCAGCUUACUUAGGUGGCCUACCGCUGGAGGAGGACAUAGGUGAAGUGUUCACUGAGGAGACCAUGCCUGGGGUCGCGGCUGAAACUGCACACACUGAGACCUUAACUGAUCACAAGAUGGAUGCUAACUUCAAUAGUUCCAACCAAGAGGCAAACAACACCAGUGCUACAAACAAUUCAGAAAUCCUUGACCCAAAUGGCAACUCAGCUGCUACAGCCACUGACAACCAAAACUUAGCAAACACCAACAAUAAUCUCAAUCUACGCUCAUCAAGUUCUUUAAACAAGUUUGAUCCUAUCACAAACAGGCCAAUACCUGCUGAAAGACAUUCUAUAAAGCCAACAAUUCCACGUACAUCAGCAAAAGAUGGUGUGAUUGAGGCAAGGGCGGUGGACUUGGAGAAGCCACGGCAGGCAUCAGACUCCGGAGAAGUAGCAUUGCCUCAGAAACAGAAGAACCAGCCGCAACUCAUGGGGUACCGAAAGAUUGGUUCCUUCACACAUGCUGAUAAGGACCCACCAGGACAACGCUGGAGUGCUAAUAGCAGCCCCGGGUCCCAGAGACGAUCAAAUGCCUCCCUGGAUAGUGUAGCCUCCUCUGUUGUAGAGGAAUCAGCCAAUUACAAGGUGGUAAUAGUGAGUGGGGUCCCCCAGAAGAUCCCUCUGGAGAAGACUUCCUCCAUGGAGUCUGGAAAUGUAAUACUUCGACAGAAGAAAACCAAAAAAGUUGAUCGGCGUGUGUCAUGUAGAGACCUUGGAGAAGGUGACUGCCAGGGCUGGCUCUGGAAGGGGAAGAAUCGCGGGGAUGGACCACUGACCCGCAACUGGGUCAAACGUUGGUGUGUCCUUAAACAUCAGAACAUGUUCUUCUUCAAGGAUAAGGAGGAUAUGAAGGCAGAGGGAGUUAUACACUUACCAGCUUUCUUAGUGGCCCCUGUAUCAGAAAAGGAGAUCAGGACAAAAAAAUUUGCAUUCAAAGUUCAUAACUCUGGAACGACCUUCAUAUUUGCCUCAGAGAGGAUGGAAGACAUGACCAAAUGGAUGGUAAAAUUUGGACUGGCUGCCAUUGGAUUCAAACCAAAACCCCAAGUAACCAAAGAUCCAGACCCGAGCUUUAGUGAGAGUGAAGAAGAGACGGACCCUGAUGAUCCCUCGGCCAGUAAGAACAGCUCUGAAUCCCUUUCAAGUCUGCCCACCUCUCCAUGUGACAAAUUGUCCAUGGAAUCUCUACCUAAUUCCCCAGAUAACCUGUGGUCCUCUAACAAUUCUUUCUCGGAGACCCCCGAAUUACCCUCAAACAGUUCGACCAGUAUACAUGAAAGUACUGAGGACUUACAAGUAUUGAUGAGGAAUAUACAAAAACAAGAUCUUGCUCUUGAUGGAACUGAUCGAGGAAAGCAGAGGAAGACUUUACUUAGUGUUGGUGGGGAUGACUUUCCUAGUCGAGACACCAUCAAGAAAGUCAAACAGAUCCACUCACUAGAACGAACUGUCAGGGCCAAAGAGAAAGAGCUAGCUGAAAUAGAGAAGUUAUUGUCUCUGCCAUCAAAGUGUGGACUGAAGUCUUUCCAGGAGGCAUAUAUGAAGUCACCUACAACAGAAGCACACAGUAAUCUUUCUAGUGACUCAGACUCAGAAGUCUCUUCAUCUUACAUAUAAGUCGCCUAAUGUCCUUGUUGAGUCGUGUUUGCUCCAUGUGACUGUAACUUGUGGCAAACCACACCACCUUUGAAGAAGGUAUGGAUUGUGGGUGAGAGUAUCUCCAGUGUAAUUUGGUACAAGUCAUGAGGAACUGUACUACUCUCAUAUAACAGGAUUUCUAAACCCAAAUAUCAUUUAAUCUUAGUAGGCAGUAAUACUGGAUAUUAUCAUAAGUACUUAUGCCUUGUGCGGAGAAGGUAUAUGUGUACCAUAUACAGAAGAUGGAUGCAGUUGGGAGAUGUUUUUCAUAAACAGUGAAUCAGUUUCUGUGUAAAUUUCUGUAAUAUAGCCUACUGAGGUUUCUGAACACCUCUAACUGUGUCAGGUUUGGAGUACUUUGUGAGACUUACCAUACUAAGAAUAGUGUAAGCUCCUCCCAAACCUGUGAUUUGAUGUGAAACAUUGAUCCUUUGAUAACAAAAAGUACCACCACCAUGAGUUGUUCAUAAAAAAGUGUUUCAAUGAUGACAAUGUGAUAUAUUUGAAUGUGAUAUUACCGCUAAAAGAGUGAUAUAAUCUACCAUGGCAUGAAUUGAAGGAUGACCUGAAACAUUUCCUUUAUGUUCAGAAAAACCCAACAUAUCCUUGGUAAUGAGGAUGAAGCAAUGAUGUUCAAAAAUAAUUAGAAUUGAAUUGAUGUUGUAUGCUAUGCGACAAUGGAGUUUAUUGUUUUGCCUGUGAUGAAUAGUCAUGAAAACAAGACUAUGAUGUUUAUUUUCCAAUCGUGACAGCAUUGUCAUUAAUAUUUCACUUUGCUUUUGUGUUUAGAUCAGUUGCAUAAAAAACUAUCAGUUGGAUCAUGUAGUGGAUACUUCAACACAUCCAAAAUAUCUUCCAAAUUUGUUUUAUACAUCUCAUAAAAAAGUUGGGGCACACUGGAAAAAACCCAGUCUGUCUGUCUCAAUCUAAUGUAAAUUAGUUUUGAACUAAUUCCAAUGAAACUUACCGUAAGAGGAAUUUCCAGAUUAUAUGUAGAAGUAAAUAUAAUUUCACUUUCCCCAGACAUUUGGUUGCCAUGGUAACUUUGUCAGUAUAAACAGGUUUUCUAUAAAUGGAGAUAACUCAUUAACACUUAGUUCGAUUAAUUUAAUCUCAGUAAAUGUUGUAACUAAACAGAUGUAUAAUUAACUCCUCCCUGGGGUAACACAUCUUGGGAUCAUUUUCACACUGACCCUUUCUUUUGAAGUUGUGCCCAUUUGUUGAAAAAUAACGCCUUAAUCUGAAAAUUGCUCCCAGACUUUUACACUGAUAUAAUUGAAAUUUACAUAUAGUAACUAAUACCAUGCACUGUGCAAUUUGUUUAUUUUGGUUUUUAGAGAAAGGUGUGUUUUUUAUUCACAUUGUUGCCAUGGUAACUGAAACAAUGAUGUUUUUUUUGGUCGUAAAAGGGGUUUGAUCUUUACAUCAGAUAUAUUUCACCAAUUUCUCAACCUUGCCAUAGAUACAUUCAUACCUGAAAUAUGGCAUAUAGUUAGCUACAAUAGAGUCAUUGCCAAUUCAUGUACCAAUAACGAUACAUGUGGGUUUUGAGAGAAUGUACAUGGUGUUUUUCUUCAAAUUAAGAUAACUUCCUCUCAUCAUUGCUUGUAAAUGAUGACACCUGUGGGAUAUAAUCAGUGCAGAUAACAAAUCUAGUUUGUGAUAUUUGUCCCUCACAUGCUUGUGUUACUGGUAGAAUUUGAUCACUUGUUAAAACAUUUUCCUCAUUGUCGUAAAUGUUUGAGAGAAAGUUUAGAAUGAAACUAAACAGGAUGAGUGUAUUUACAUAGUAGUGAAGUACUACUGCUACGCUAUACAUGUUUAUACAUGUUUAACUACUAAACAAUGAGUGUGGCUGAGAGAGAGAUUUGUAUUGUAUUGUAGUGUGUCUUGCUUCACUUAGGCACACCAGCAUUAAUUACUCUUAAAUACUGUAAUUAACCUCUACAUGUAUAAUUAAGCUUUGCUUUAAAUUCUCAUUAAAAAAAACAUGUUCAUGCAUUCCUAUGUACGCGGUGAUAUAAAGGUAUAUUCUCUAACUAUGUGUUGCUUUAAUUGUGUGACGAACUUAAAGAACAAUUCAUUUGUUUGUCUAAGUGUUAAGUCACAAUGUCAGCAACAUCGGUGAUGCCUGUCUGUGGAAAGUUAGCUGACUUCAGCAGUCAUCUGGUUAAUUUACAGUGUAUCUAUAAAUUGUUAUCUUGUUAAUUUUGUUGUUAGGAUCUUGACUUUCUUGAGAUAUCAAAGCUAUUCUUGUGUUUGAUAUGUAACUUUCUGGUGUAGGUUUGUGUCAUCAGUAGAUACUAAGUACUAAUCUGUGAUAUAUGUCCAGAAUCUCUCUCAGUAGUAAAUCAGUUGUUGCUAACCAGUUGUAUAUCUCAAUCUCCUGAGCAUUCUGACAUUUCCAUUGAUGCAAAGGCUUCAGUGGAUGGCCUUUAGUUAUGCAGCAGACAAAAUUGUGCAGCCCGAUAUUUUCACUUAAGCCAUGACAAUAAAAUCUGGUCUGUUGAAACUGACAAGAAAUUGACUCAAAAAUUGAGUUUGAUAUUUAGAUGUUCUGACAUGCUAGAAUAUUAAUGUUUGUACCGGAGACAUGAUGUUGAAUUUCAAAAUGUAUGAUAAUACUUAGACCGUAAAUAUAAGGGAAGUUCACUGUUAUGAUGUCACAUCAAGUGUUAAGACAUCUUUUGUGUGAAUGCUUUAUUGGGUUUUUUCUUUUUGUUAGAUUGUAUGAUUCAAUAUUUUGUCAGAAAUAAACAACAUUAGGGAAGUGCUAUGAUCUUCACACAACUAUAACUAACUUUACUGAAUCAUGUUUUCUGUUAUGACAAUGAUACUUUUUUUUUUGUUAUUUUUGGUGGUAGGGGUUGGUAGUGAUUGAAGUCUAAUGUGUCAGGUACAGAACACCUCAGGGGAGACAACUCAAGAUUGUAAUAGGGAAGAUAACUUGGAACUUCAUUCAGAAACAGAGAACUUUGUUAGGGAAACAUUUGGUAUUGUUGAAAAGAUUCCAGCUUGUGUUAUCUCUUUAAUAAAAGAAAGAUAGUUAUGAGUAAUUCUUAUAAAUAAAUACUUGGUUCUUCCAAUAAACUUUGUUGUAUUCUACAUACCCUAUACAUCGAAGGAUAGUUCUUACAAGUUUUGUAUUUAACUUAUUAACUUCAGACAGUUUGUUGGUGACAUAUAACCAUGAUUUCCCAUUGCCACAUUAUUACCUGCUUCUAUAUACUUUAUUUAAUCACACUUCAAUCUAUUUAUCUUGAAUUGUUUUGAAAUUUCUGAGAAGCCAUAAUGUGAGGCAGUACAGAUUUAGAAGGAACAGAACCUAUAUAUUCAUCUAAUUACUUCAAAUUGAGAUAUUUUGGUGUAGUGUCCAUAUCACAAAGCACAAUGAUAUUCAUUUUUUAGACUUCACUUUAGACAAUGGAAGAGGACUGUGAUAAAUAUGGUCGGUUUAUCUACUAAGCUUUAAAUGAAAUUUGAUAGACAUUUAUAAUCAUGUUAUAUUAGCCAUUUUUCAUUAUUUUAUUAAUUAUCUUAAAAUAGAACAUAUUGGUACAUAUAUACAACUAAAAACCAUUAUGAUAUUUUUAAUAAAUAUUCAUCAUUUUUGUUCUGUUUGUGACUAAAUCAGUGUCUAGAUUUGUGAUGCUAUAUAAUACUGCAGUGUAAAGGCCAGCUUCACUUAAUACCAUUGUUAUCCUGUACAGUAACCUGGUAUAUCUGUGUUUCACCAUUAUUAUCAUGUACAGUAACCUGGUAUAUCUGUGUUUCACCAUUGUUAUCAUGUACAGUAACCUGGUAUAACUCUGUGCUUUACCAUUGUUAUCAUGUACAAUAACCUGGUAUAACCGUGUGCUUUACCAUUGUUAUCGUGUACAGUUACCUGGUAUAUCUGUGUGCUUUACCAUUAUUAAUCAUGUACAAUUACGUGGUGUAUCUGUGUGUUUCACCAUUGUUGUCGUGUACAGUUACCUGGUGUAUCUGUGUGCCCACAUUGCUUUGUUGAUUUGUGAUGCAUCAUGUGAUUCUAUUAAAAUGUUAAAAUUC